GGCUCCUUUCUGCAUUCUCCCCAUUUUCCCAACAACAUGCAUCCUGCCACAUUACUCAGCUCCUGCUGCCUCCUUCUGCUGCUAGGGGCCUUGCCUGGAUGGGCAACCAGUGAUGACCCUAUUGAGAAGGUCCUUGAAGGGAUCAACCAAGGGCUGAGCAAGGCAGAGAAAGAGGUGGGCAAGGCCCUUGAAGGCAUCAAUAAUGGAAUCACUCAAGCUGGAAGGGAAGUGGAGAAAGUUGUCAAUGGACUUAGCAACAUGGGGAGCCAUGCCAGCAAGGAGAUGGAAAAGGGGAUCCACCACGGCUUGGACAAGGUAGCCCAUGGAGUCAACAAUGGCGUCGGACAAGCAGGAAAGGAAGCAGAAAAACUUGCCCAUGGGGUCAACCACGCGGCUGGACAGGUUGGGAAGGAGGCAGACAAAAUCCAUCAUGGGAUCCAUCAUGGGGUCAACCAGGCGGGAAGUGAAACAGGGAGGUUUGGUCAAGGGGCCCACCAUGCUUUUGGUCAGGCUGGGAAGGAGGGAGAGAAAUUUGGUCAAGGGGCCCACCAUGCUUUUGGUCAGGUUGGGAAGGAGGCAGAGAAGUUUGGUCAAGGGGCCCACCAUGCUUUUGGUCAGGCUGGGAAGGAGGCAGAGAAGUUUGGUCAAGGGGCCCACCAUGCUUUUGGUCAGGUUGGGAAGGAGGCAGAGAAGUUUGGUCAAGGGGCCCACCAUGCUUUUGGUCAGGUUGGGAAGGAGGCAGAGAAGUUUGGUCAAGGGGCCCACCAUGCUUUUGGUCAGGCUGGGAAGGAGGCAGAGAAGUUUGGUCAAGGGGCCCACCAUGCUUUUGGUCAACCUGGGAAGGAGGCAGAGAAGUUUGGUCAAGGGGCCCACCAUGCUUUUGGUCAACCUGGGAAAGAGGUAGAGAAGUUUGGUCAAGGGGCCCACCAUGCUUUUGGUCAACUUGGGAAGGAGGCAGAGAAGUUUGGUCAAGGGGCCCACCAUGCUUUUGGUCAACCUGGGAAAGAGGUAGAGAAGUUUGGUCAAGGGGCCCACCAUGUUUUUGGUCAGGUUGGGAAGGAGGCAGAGAAGUUUGGUCAAGGGGCCCACCAUGCUUUUGGUCAGGCUGGGAAGGAGGCAGAGAAGUUUGGUCAAGGGGCCCACCAUGCUUUUGGUCAGGCUGGGAAGGAGGCAGAGAAGUUUGGUCAAGGGGCCCACCAUGCUUUUGGUCAGGCUGGGAAAGAGGCAGGGAAGUUAGGUCAAGGGGCCCACCAUGUUUUUGGUCAGGCUGGGAAAGAGACAGGGAAGUUAGGUCAAGGAGUCUUUUAUGCUGCAGAUCAGGCUAGGAAUCAAGAAUUCCAUCAUGCAUUUGGGGAGGAAGGAGAAAAAUUUGAUCAAAUGGUCCACCAUACUUUUGAUCAGGCUGGGAAAGAGGCAGAGAAGUUUGGUGAGGCUGGAAAGGAGGGAGAGAAGUUUGGACAGGAGGUCCACCAUACUGUGGGUCAAACUGGGAAUGAAGCAGAAAAAUUUGGUCAAGGAGCCCACCAUACUUUUGGUCAGCCUGGGAAAGAUGGAAGGAAGUUAGAUCAAGGAGCCUACUAUGCUGCAGACCAGGCUAGGAAUGAGGCAGAGAAUUUUGGUCAAGAAUUUCACCAUGCUUUUGGUCAGAUUGGGAAGGAGGGAGAGAAGUUUGGCCAUGGCAUUCACCAUGCUGUGGGUCAGGCUGGGAAGGAGGCAGAGAAGUUUGGUCAAGGAGCCCAGUAUGCUUAUGGUCAGGCUGGAAAGGAGGGAGAAAAAGUAGCUCAAGGAGUCCACCGUGAACUUAGCCAUGCUGCAAAGGAGGCACAACAGUUUAGCCAUGAUACUCAGUAUGCCGCAGGGCAGGCUGGGAAAGAGGGAGGAAAGGUAAUCCAUGGUGUCCAACCUGGGGUCAACGAGGCUGGGAAGGAGGUGGAGCACUUUGGCCAGCGAGUCCACCAUGCUGUUGAACAGGCUGGAAAGGAAGCAGACAAAGUGGCCCAAGGGGUCCAUGCUGGGGUCAACCAGGCCGGAAAGGAGGCAGAGAAAUAUGGCCAAGCAGUUCACUAUGCUGCGGGUCAGGCCGGAAAAGAUGCGGAGAAGCUUGGUCAAGGUAUCCACCAUGCUGCUGGUCAGGCCGGGAAGGAUGUGGAGAGGUUGCAGCAGGAUGUUCAUAAAGGGGUCAACCAAGCCAGCAAGGAGGCCAACCAGCUGCUGAAUGGUUCUCAAAACAGCGGGCAUACCGGCCAGCACGGAGGAACCGCAACCACCCCGUUAGCAUCUGGGGCCUCGGUCAACAAGCCUUUCAUCAACAUUUUGGGUCUGUGGAGAAGCAUCGCCAACAUCAUGCCCUGAACUGAUGUCAAGCACACUAAUAUUCCUGUUGUCAUACUUGCUGAAAUGACCCAAGGAGCUAGGGGUGGGGGAGAGGUUCCCGGAGUACAUUAAGGAGGCUGUACUGAGACGUGAAUAAAUGUGACCUGCUGUCUUCUCUGUU